UGCUAUCAGAGAAGGAGCGGAUGCUGAGACGUCUCGCUGUUUCCGAUACGAUUCUAGUGCAGUCGACAUAAUUACUGAUUUCGGAUUCCCUUUUUCGUCCAGACUCUACGUCAGGGCAAAGCGGCGGCGGCGGACAUAAAGGCGGAAAAUAGAGCGAAAUAUUAAGUGCCUGUUUUUGUACAUGAUCUGAGAUUGAGAAGCGGUUUCUCCCCCCUGCGCAGUCACGCACUGCGAGCGCCUCUGUGUCUGUUCACAUCACAUGCACAUGUUUAUCUUGUGAUUUCAGCUUAUACGUUUUUUAUCGUAAACAUAUGCAACACGUUGUUGGCAUCCAGAGCUUCAAAGAAUCUUCCGGCAGAGAGAGUUUUUUCCCAUGGAAUGACCUUCCUCCGCCUUCCAUGCCCCAUCGCCCUGCGGAGCCCCUGCCUGAUCGCCGGAGCGCCUCCUCUCAGUCAGGGGACACUCUGCUGACACCGGGCUGGCCCUCUGACCCUGCGAGGCGCUCUUGGACACCAUGCGCAGAUUCGCAUACUGCAAAGUGGUGCUGACCACCUCGCUGGUGUGGGUGCUGCUGGACGUCUUCCUGCUCCUCUACUUCAGUGAAUGCAACAAGUGCGAUGACCGGAAGGACCGAUCCCUGCUUCCUGCCUUGAGAGCAGUCAUGUCGCGGAGCCACGAAGGCCCCGGGGAGAUGGGCAAAGCUGUGGUCAUCCCCAAGGAGCACCAGGAGAAAAUGAAGGAGCUUUUCAAAAUCAACCAGUUUAACCUCAUGGCCAGCGACAUGAUUGCGCUCAACAGGAGCCUGCCCGACGUCAGGCUGGACGGCUGUAAGACCAAGGUGUACCCAGAUGAACUGCCCAACACCAGCGUGGUCAUUGUGUUCCACAACGAGGCCUGGAGCACACUUCUGCGGACCGUUCACAGCGUGAUCAACCGCUCACCCCGCCACCUGCUGCUAGAGAUCCUUUUGGUGGACGACGCCAGCGAGAGAGAUUUCUUGAAGGAAAAGCUGGAGAACUAUGUAAGGAUCUUGGACGUGCCGGUACGGAUCCUGAGGAUGGAGCAGCGCUCGGGCCUCAUCCGGGCCAGGCUGAGGGGGGCGGCGGCUACUCGGGGUCAGGUGAUCACCUUCUUGGACGCCCACUGUGAAUGUACGGCGGGCUGGCUGGAGCCGCUGUUGGCCAGGAUUAAAGAGGACAGGAAAGCUGUGGUGUGCCCGAUUAUUGACGUCAUCAGCGACGACACAUUCGAGUACAUGGCUGGGUCCGAUAUGACGUAUGGCGGGUUCAACUGGAAGCUGAAUUUCCGCUGGUACCCUGUGCCCCAGAGAGAGAUGGACAGGCGGAAAGGGGACAGGACGCUCCCUGUCCGAACCCCUACAAUGGCUGGAGGGCUCUUCUCUAUAGACAGAACCUACUUUGAAGAGAUUGGAACAUACGACCCUGGGAUGGAUAUCUGGGGUGGAGAGAACCUGGAAAUGUCCUUCAGGGUCUGGCAGUGUGGUGGCUCUCUUGAGAUUGUCACAUGCUCCCAUGUGGGACAUGUGUUCCGCAAGGCCACGCCGUACAGUUUCCCUGGCGGCACGGGUCAGGUCAUAAAUAAGAACAACCGGCGUCUAGCUGAGGUCUGGAUGGAUGACUUCAAAGAUUUCUUCUACAUCAUCUCGCCAGGUGUGGUCAAGGUGGAGUACGGAGAUGUCUCGUCCCGCAAAACCCUGCGAGAGGCGCUGCAGUGCAAACCCUUCUCCUGGUACCUGGAAAAUAUCUACCCCGACUCCCAGAUCCCGAGAAGAUACUUCUCGCUUGGUGAAAUCAGAAACGUGGAGACAAACCAGUGCCUGGAUAACAUGGGCAGGAAGGAGAAUGAGAAGGUCGGAUUCUUUAACUGUCACGGGAUGGGCGGGAACCAGGUAUUCUCUUACACUGCGGAUAAGGAGAUUCGCACGGACGACCUGUGCCUGGACGUCUCCCGGCUGAACGGCCCCAUCGUCAUGCUCAAGUGCCACCAUAUGAAGGGGAACCAGAUGUUUGAGUAUGACACGGAGCGUCUGACUCUUCUGCACGUCAACAGUAACCAGUGCCUGGACAUGCCAUCUGAGGAGGACAAGAUGGCGCCAACCCUGCGGGACUGCAGUGGCAGUCGCUCCCAGCAGUGGCUGCUGCGGAAUAUGACCCUGAGCUCCUGAGAGGACAUCGAGGAGGAGGAGGCGUCUCAGACCCCCACAGCAUUCCAGGCCGUUCUCCCACCCUCACUGCCGCCACGGCUGUCUCUUCUCUCGCACCUCAUGGCAGGGUCUACUUUCCACGCCGCGUGGUUUCCAUGGCUCAGAUGCUCAAAAAGGCUUUGAGGGUAGCGCCGGAGCUGAGCCGGUGCCCGGGCGUGUGGGUAGGGGGGUCAUCACCAGCAUAUGAAGCAAUGCGGAUGUUGGAACAGCUCCACCACUGAGGCUCAGAUGGUUCUUCACGCCAGCUUUUGUAUCCAUGUUUUGAGGGGUGGGUUGUAUAUCAUUUAAUAGGAGUCUUCAAGUCUUCAUAGGUAUCAUCCCGUGUACUUUAGCCGAGUCGUAUGCUGUAAGGACAGCAGGGACAUGACAUGCCUGAUGUGAAAAAUUGUUUAUUGUUCCCUUAAUUCAUAUCUGUGUUUCACGCUUUUCUGUGUUUUACAGUAACGAGUGUUAAGUCUAAGUUUACGUGAAAUAGGACAUAUUAUUAACAUUUGUUUGCGGUAUAAUUUGUCGGUAUGCUUGCAGUUGGAGAAAGCAUAUACUGUAUGUGUAGUAUGUUCAAUAUGUUCAUUGUAAAUGGAGAUGCCAUAACGUACUGGGAUAGGGUCUCUUAUUCCUCACUGAACGAAUGAUUCUGAUAGGUUGUCACUGAGUCAUAUUUUACAGUUCAAUAUAGAAAAUAUCCAAAAAUUUCCUCAAUUUGUCUGUUGAGAAAGCAGCAAAGUGAUAAUUGAAGUGGUUUUACAAAGAAGAAAUGCCAUCGAAUAUGUUAUUUCAUAUCUGAGUUUUUCGAUCAGGUUUUGCCUGGUUGCAUUCAUAUCAAGCUGUGAUACAUUUUACAAACGUGAUGCAGAUUCUCAGAUGUUCUCAAAAUUAUUUUGCACUAAUUCAUAGUGUUCCAAAGUUUUGUGUCUGUUUCUAGAGUGCUGCUAUAUGUAAAAUGUUCCAUAUUUUUUUUUAUUUUUGUCAAAAGUACAUAAAACUUUU